AUGGACCACUCCUCAACAUCCGAAACCAUCGCUGAAAAAUUCGGCAAACUCACCCCCGAAGUUCUCGGUGAACUUGAGAGUAUGCUUAGGAUUUACGGGAUCGGUGCCGAGGAGCUGUUCUACAAAUGGGAAUCAUACUGUAUUAAGAUGGGGUCGGAAGACACAAAGUUGAACUUGGAUACUGUGUUGGUGUUCAAGAAGGAUGUGCAGGAGUUAUUUGGGAAGGAGAUAAAGUCCAAAAAGCGGAUGCACGUAGCGAAUACCUCGAGGCCGGUUGCCCGAACGCCGAGGGUGAAGGCUACGGGGGACCAUGUGGGAUUCUUGGAUGUAUUAGUGCCCACAACACCGAGGGGUGAGAAGGGGAGUGUCAAACGAAAGUUUGAAAAGGCACCGUUUGAAACACCAUCGAGCAAGGCGGGCAGGUUUUUGGAUGUGAAUUCUCCGGGCGCAGCUAUCGGGUCUUCACCGGUGGGUACUCCGCAUAAGGCCGGUGGGCAACAAAUACCUUCUACACCUUUUGCGCAGCGAAAAAAUGCGGGCAGCACGGUCGAAGUGCUCAACGAGCAUAUCCCUAAGCCUUCUCUCCCGCUUCCCGAAUCAUCGGCGGACGCCGAACUUGCGUCGUGGAAUAGUCGGGUUAAGGUUGUUUCGAUCGUGGAAUUGAAGAAAUUCUCCUAUAGACCGAUGCAUCAGAAACUCUCCGAGGCCUCAGAAGUUAUGGAUGACCGGAUUGAUGAAUUUAUGGAUAUGAUACAAGAGCACCACAAAUUGGCGGACCAACAGUUCGGAAAUCCUUCUACAGCAUCGCCUUCUGAGAUUAUAGCUGUGGGAAGAAUAUCCUGUGACACCCUGGAUGGGAAACUUUCGCCAUCUUCCGUUCUGCUUGAAGCAUCACGAAAGAUGGGUGCCGGCUCGAGAGUCCGACUAAAGUUGGAUGCGGUGCUGAGUUAUUCGUUUUUCCCCGGACAAAUUGCCGCUGUGAGAGGUGUCAAUGCGUCUGGUGAAUAUCUGGCUGUCCGUGAAAUACUUGAUAUCCCGAGGCUACCCCCCCCAACAUCCUCCCCUAAUGUGCUGCUAGAGACUGCCAAUCGUUUAUCAGCCGGGGGUCUUAACAUCGUCGUUGCAUCAGGACCAUACACAACAGACGACAACCUACAUUUCGAGGCGCUCAGUGAGAUAUGUAACAAAGCAGCUGAAUCGUGUCCUGAUGUUCUGAUCCUGACGGGGCCAUUCAUUGAUGCUGAUCACCCUCUCAUAAGGACUGGCGACUUUGAUUUUGAAAUACCGGACCGGGAGUAUGGCGAUGGUGGUUCAAUGGAGGAUUUAUUCCGCGAAAGGAUCUCCCCCAAGAUAAGACUAGUGCAGCGCAGCAUGGUACUUCUGGUACCAAGCGUACGAGACGUCGUUAGCGGGCACAUAUCCUUUCCCCAGGAGCAAUUCAAGCGCCGACAAUUGGAGUUACCAAACGUAAGAUGUCUCCCAAACCCGGCCACCUUUUCAAUUAACGAGAUCGUCUUCUCCGUAUCCACAAAUGACAUACUGUUCCACAUGACUUCACAAGAGAUCAGCCGAAACCCCCAAGACACCAACCCCACCGCCCGUUUCUCAAAAGCCCUCAUCUACCAGCGUAACCUCUACCCCCUUUUCCCGGGCCCCUCGAAGGAGCAAUUGCCCCGUGGCGCGACAGGACCAAAUCUAGACGUGCCGAACCUGCGGUUGGCGGACCUUGUAAGUCUUGCGCCGGACGUGCUCGUAUUGCCCAGCAUGCUGGCCAGCUCGGCGAAGGUGGUCGACGGCGUGCUUGUCUUGAAUCCGGGGUUCUUGUCGAAGCGGAUGGGGCCUGGGUCGUAUGCCGAGAUGCAUGUUCUGCCACCUCAGGUCAAGGAUGGAGAGGAGGGGGAGGAGGAGUUGAGCCAUAGGGUUUGGGAGAGGGCUAGGGUGGAGGUUUUGAGGAUUUAAUUUCGGGGGAGGGAGAGAGAGAGAGUACAUUGCUGGGAGGUAUCAUAGGUAGUAGAAUAGAGAUAAACCUUCCUUUAUAGUGAAUCAAUGAUUUUUGCUGGGAGGUGGGUAGUAGAAUAGAGAUAAA